AUGGAUAACACGUUUUCAUCUGUCUCAAUAAACUUUGUCUUAUUGGAUCAAGCAAUUAAUCGGUAUAUUCCCAUACCUCUUCUGUUCGUUGGUGUCAUUGGAAAUAUUUUAAAUAUAUUAGUAUUUACACAUAAAACGUUUCGUAACAAUAUAUGUGCAACUUACUUUCUGGCAUCAACCAUUUUUGAUUCUCAUGUAAUCAUUAUCGGUCUUCUUCCUCGUUUACUGUAUGGAUUUGGCAUUGAUCCAUCACAAUCUUCAGUUGUACUUUGUAAAGUGAGAUUUUUUAUAACAUAUUUUGCAGGAUGUACAGCUGCUUGGUUUAUUAGUUUAGCUUGUGUUGAACGGUAUCUGUCUUCAUCAAUAAGUGCUAACAGACGUAAAUUGAUUACAAUGAAACGUGCCUAUCUCUCUAUGGUUGUUGUUAUACUAAUAGGAUUUAUUGUAUUUGGUGAAGAAUUCUAUUGUAUUGAUAUCAAUCAACAGCUGCUAGGUGCACCACAAUCAUGUUACCAACGCCAAGCGAAUGUUCAAUGUCAAAUUGUUGAUAGUUUAAUGCAAUUUCUAUUUGCAACCCUAACACCUGCAUUGAUGAUGAUUGUAUUUGGUUUCUUGACUUUGCGAAAUAUUCGUCAAAAACAUCGUCGUACCAAUGCAGUACAAACAGCUAAUACAACAAUUCCAAAGGUUCCCAUGACAAUAGCAUGUCAUUUCUCUGCACAGCAACAAUCAACAAACAUAACAACAGACUCAAAUAGCCGAUCAGUUUUAACAAGAGUUAAUCGAACAACACGAAAGCGUGAUGCACAAUUGAUUACAAUGUUACUCGUACAAGUUGCUGUUUUCGUCAUUUCGUCAUUUCCUAUCAGUGGCUAUAAACUUUAUGCUGCUGCAACAAUCUAUGAGACAAAAUCUAAUCUACGUAAAUCAAUUGAAAAUACAAUAUUCAAUAUGUCUGCAAUAAGUUUAUUUCUUAAUAAUACUAUUACAUUUUACAUCUACACUUUAUGUGGUGACAACAAAGUUAUACCAGCUGGUUUUUAA